AUGGAUACUACGACUGAUCCUCAGCUCGCGAAUUUUCUGAAACAACUUCAGCUCGAAGCGCAGCGACAAAAAAUUUCUGAACAAGUUCAAGCAUUGACAUCGAGAUGCUGGGACAUUUGCAUAGGUGAUUAUCGGCCACCUUCGAAAAUGGACGGGAAAACAACGACUUGCAUUAACAACUGUGUUAACCGAAUGAUAGAUGCGAGCAAUUUCAUGGUGGCACAUCUACAAAAUAUGCAGAAAUUAUCUUGA